UCUUCUUUGCUGGCAAUUUCGGGGGCGUAGCUUAGCGCGUCAUCCUCAUCCCGAAACUAAGUACUAACCACUUCCCAGAAUAUACGCCAUCUCCAUUAUUACUGUCACACUACCCAAAAGGUCCAUAACAGCAAAUUAUAAAGAAGCACAAAGGAGAGGAGGCGAAAGGAGGAAGGAAGUUUCCAGCCAGAAACAGGCCUGAAAGUCAAAACCGGAGAGAAAGUCUUUCAGAACUCAAUUCCCAGGACAGAAGAAAGCAUUGAAAAGAUAUGUGCUGCGAUGGAGAUUGCAGGCCUUUGGGCUUCCUCUUAGGCCUCCCCUUUGCCUUCCUUUCUCUCCUCAUCUCCAUAGUCGGAGUCAUCAUCUGGAUUGUCGGGUUGCUGUUGACAUGUAUAUGCCCGUGUUGCUUGUGCGUGACGAUCAUUGUGGAAUUGGCUCUGGAGUUGAUUAAAGCUCCGAUUCAUGUAAUGGAGUGGUUCACUUCUCAGAUACCUUGCUGAUCACCCUUCGAUCCCCAAUCAACUUGCCUGCUGUUGUUAUUAUUCCUUUAGCUUUCGGAUUUCCGUCUCAUUUCAUCUUUUCUUUCUACUCUGGUCAUCCCUAGACUAGAUUUGAUAUGAGGUUAUUUUCAAGCGUGUCCUGUCUAAUGAUUGUUCGCAUGAUCUUCAAUGAGGUACAUAGACAAAGCUGAUUUCCUGGAAUUACAUUACAGGGUUUCUGUGAAGCGUGUGUGCAUAAUUAUUCUGUGCUUGUGCCUUACCUUCACAAGCGAAUAAGAAUCUGAUAAAAAAGUCGAGCAAGUUUGCUAUCUUGUAUUAGGAAAGCAGAUGCUUUCUGCAUCGUUAUGUUUUAUUCCGUUGUUAUCUAUCCCAACUGAGCCCUUUGUAAGACUCGCAUCUCUGUUUCUAACUUUGCUCGAAAUCUUCUCCUCCCAACGUCUAGCCAAAAGCCACCUUUGGUCCCUUGCAAUCCAGCAACUCCUCGCAUGCAGAUGUACCUCCUGGUUAGCUUGAGGUAGUUUGGCUUCAGGGUGAUCGGUGUAUCCUGUCGUUGGGUAAUACCGGAAUAGUAUCUGGAUGCAGAUUCUCCAGCGACUUGGGAUGGAAGUUGUUGUCUCCAACUCUAGGGGAGGCAUAGACGAAUGCGGUGCCUGGACAGCGCUUGUGGCCUCCAUCUUCGCUCUUGGUUUUGCCCAUUUGCUACAAUGUUUCACUCGGAGCUGCUAAUGCUCCGUGUAAGCCGUGCCCAGUUAUUGUUAUACUGAUCUCGUCAAUAAGCCAAUUCCCCUUCU